AUGAGUCUUUGGGACCAAAUCCGCUGCCUAAUCACUAAUCAAGAUCUUGCUAGCUAUCAACCGCCAUCUGUAAACACUGCAUUACUAAUUCCCAGUCCUUCCGCUGCAGUACCCACUAAUAGCUCAUUACUUCCUGAUUUCAUACUACGUCAUUGGCAUAAUAGAACUCCGCGCCAAAGAAAAUCACUAGUUGUCCAACUUUGUAUUCUUGUGUCAUUAUCCUACUAUAUUCUUUCCCCUUCAUUACCAUUUUUAAAUAGAGAAGAUAAAAUGUUUUCCAAAAGACCUGACAAGUACACCACUGGGUUGAUCAAUAUGAGAAACGAUUGUUUUGCCAACUCGUCCUUACAAGCAUAUUCGUCGCUGCCGGCGCUAACUCUGUACUUGAACCAGUUCAUCAAGAGUUUCCGCAAAUUAACCUUGUUUAUUCAUGAACACAAUAUCGACAUCGAGAGGUUGAUCAAAUUGCGAUUGGAACACAGUCCGAAUUUAGAACACUCCAAGUUCAAAUCAGCAAACUCCAAAUUUGAUAUCCCUUUGCAUAUCGCCAUGGCUCGAUUAGUGCAAAUAUUACAAGGCACUCAAAUGACGUCGAGAACUGUUAGUGUAUGGACAUUCUUGCAUGUAUUGGAAAACAUAUUCAAUGCCAAAAUUUCCCGUUCUCAGCAUGAUGCCCAUGAAUUGACCCAAUUGAUAAAUGAAACUUUGGAAAAUGAAAAUUUGAAAUUGAAAAGCUUUUAUCGUUUCAUCUCCAAAAACUUGCACGUAAUUGUCAAUUUCCCUUCUCCGCAAGAUUAUUCUGAGCUUGAAAUGAUCCAGGUUCCGGAAUUCCCCUUUGAUGGGUUGAUUAUGAACCAAAUGAGGUGCUUGUCCUGUCAAUGUUAUUCCAAACCUAAUUUCGUCCCGUUUUUAAUCCUUACUUUAUCAACGCCGCAAACUCCUCAUGCUGAAUUGGAGAAAAUAUUGGAUGAGAAUGAAAAAGCAACAAUUGAAGGAUAUCAAUGUCUUAAAUGUCGUAUAAGUAGGAUUGUGGAACAUGAAGAUAACAUAAACCGGAAUAUAACUGACCCAGAAGAAAAGAAACAUUUGGCGACAAUCAGGGAGUUGAAUAAAGACCGUGAAUUUUGCAUUAACCAAGAUCUUCCUGAAGAUUUGGAAGACUAUAUCCGAAAGUAUUCUGUUCAAGGAGUGGAUGUUUCUGAAAUUACAUCCACCGUUUUCAAAAAAUCCCAAAUUUUGAAACCACCCAAGAUUUUCACCAUUCAUCUUUCGAGAUCUUCAUUUGAUGGCCAAAAUAUUACAAGAAACUCAUGUCGAGUAACUUUCAAUGAUCAUUUGACUUUAUCAAUAGGUAAGGAUUAUCACAAUAAGUUGAGACAGUUUCAACAAGAAACUGGUGAUGCCGAUGAGAGUCUGUACCGAGGAAGAAGAACAUGGUCGGUGUUAACCACUGAUAUAAAUGAUGUGGAGGAUGAAGACGUUCAACGAGAGGAUAUAGAUCUUCGGGGACCUUCCUCUGCAGAUGAUGUAAGUGAAGAGGUUGAAACUGAUGCCGAUAAAUCAGAAAUUACAGAUGAUUCACCAGUAGAAGGGGAUAGUGCUCUCGACAAUUCUUCGAUUGCUUCUGCUGAUUCGAUUUCACGAGACGGAACUCCGGUGUCGUUGCAGCAUAGUGAUAGUAACGAAGCUUCGCUUCAAAAGGCUACCUCUGGUAUCAGUGAAAAACAAAAGGAUGAUCUAAGAAUCCAUUUCCAGAAAUUCAAAUUCAAUGAGAAUGAUGUUUACAAGUACCGUUUGCGGGCUAUGAUAAGACAUUUUGGAUCUCACACUCAAGGUCAUUAUGAAUGUUAUAAACAUAAACCAUUGUUUGUCAAGGAUAAAGAGGGUAAUAUCUAUAAAUUGUCUCCUCAAAUUGAAGAUGAAACAACGGGUGAUAUUAUAUGUGAUGCAACUCCUAUGGUUGGAAGUGAUACACCAAUAGUUUCAGAUCUGGAACCUAAAGAUUCUAAAAUGAGGCGUAAAUUCUCGGUGGUGUCACGUCUUUCUACCAAUAGUACUGAUUUCAACGAGAGCGGGUACGACAGUGCCGAAGAAGGCAAACGUUCGAGAUUCUCGAGUUUUAUCGGGAGAACUCCCUCGGUGAUCCAAGCUGAUCCAGUGAGUGUGGAAGAGAUCAUACAAUCUGGAGUACAGACACCUUCGGAAAUGUAUGUGGAUGAUCCUGCUGUUCCUCAUCCUAAAGUGGAGGACAAAAGUAAUUUGUUCAAUGGAUAUGACCUUAAACAGUCAUUUAAUGGAAAGAAACAUAAAGAGAAUAAAAUCAAGGUGAAGAAGAUCAGUUCACUCAUAAAUAAUCCAUAUUGGAGAAUUAGUGAUGCUCGUAUCCAAGAAGUUUCUACCAGUUAUGUUUUAAGUGAGGUAACUACGGUUUACAUGUUGUUUUAUGAACGGGUUGACAAUAAACAAAUCAGACGUCAUAGUCAUGGGCACCACCAUCACCAUCACCAACAUGCACACAUCCACCUGCGUCUUAAUGAAGAACAGGAAUGA